AGUCGGCGUAAGGCGCGAGCUAGACACGAUAUUUAUCCGUGCGUCUCAGCCGACGACUAUCUAUAAUAUUACGAGACUCGUACUCAUCUAUGUGUACAUUUGUUUACCGAUAUGACGUGCUAUUGAGACAAAAUUAUCAGUUCCUAAAACAGUUUUUAGAGCGAUAUUCACGUGUCGAAUAAUUAUCCCUAAAGUGCACGAGAUAAAGGCCACGUAAUCGAGGCCGUGACCGUUAGACACACUUCCCGAAGGAUUGACGAGCGAUCUCGUCACAGUCUAUAACGACGGCUAACAUUGAUUAUUAGUAUGCAAAUUUAAGGAUUGUGAAAGUGCUCAUUAAAUCUGAAGAGAACGGGAAGCAUCAGAAUAAAGAUCGAUGGAGCCUACAUCUAUAGAAAAAUUGCCAUAGACUCGAACUUGAUCGGAUUUGGCCACAUUGUCGGAAGAACUUGUACGUGUUACGUGUCCAGCAGAAUCAAAGUUCUAUUCCUCGUCAAGAGUUGCAAACAAGAACUCGUAGAACAACACUGCUAUUAUAACGUGGUUAAUUUACCAGUAUGUAAAUUAGAUAUUUUGCUAAGGCGCUCACACACGAAGUCGAAAGAGAAAUCGAGAUUUUCCUCGUCGUUUGUCGGAAUGUAUUUAGCCUAGCUAUAUAUAGGUAGUAUUAAGUUGGUAGCAUUAUCCCCCCCCCCCACACACACACACACACACAUAAGUGUAUAGAUCUGAUGAUAGUUGCUGAAGGUGACGUCGCUUCCAACUUGUUUGAUUAUUCAAAGGGCUAUAUUACCUCCGGAAAUACACAAACCAAGGCUAUUAGCUGUAGUUGAAAGUGUAUUUGAAAGUGUAGUUGAAAGUCACAGAGCAUUCCCGCGCAGGUUCUGUCUUAACGAAUAACCAUAAUCGAUAGCAAGAGUAUCGCGGUAGCGUGACCGGCGGUAUCGCAUUAAUUCGGCUUAGUCAUCGUGACGGGAGGAAUCAAUUCGUUUAUCCCUCGUUCGUGUCAUUCGCGUUUCUUCGUUAAGUCCUCUCGUUACACGCGAUACGAUAAACGGUGCCGAGAUUGCCGCGAGUGAGGAUUGCUUCUAUCCGGAUGUUCCUCAAGUAGCGAGAGGCUGACGGGCCGGGGACGAGGCGAAGUUUCUGCGAAAGUGCUUUACGUCGUGAAUUACGAUCCGCAGACGGGAGUGCAAUGUUCGCCGGGGAGAUGAAUGAGACUAUCCGCGCGUGAAGUCGCGAGCUCCACGUGACUUUCAUUCCCAGGCCGGGAAACCAGGGAAAGGAAGUUGAACUAGAUCGUUUAUGUUUAGAAGAUAUUGUUAUGCUCUCUGAGAGAGGACAGGAUUAAAGUCUCAAGAGUUUCUUGGCUUACAUAAUGCGGAGCGGAAACUGCAGUAGGGUUGCGGUGCCAAACGUGACCAGAACUUGUUGGUGAUAGAUGUAGUGAUCGAGACGCCCAUCUCGCGACCGGAGGUCGAUGAUUAUCGGAGAUAUUUAAAAACUCCAGCUGUCGCAUUUCAAUUGAAUCAAUAUGGCUCUCGAAUCGAGCGAAGAAGGGCGCGCCAUGAUGGGCUACAAUUCAAAGAGCGAGAGUCCAUUAGACGUCGAGUAUAAUAAUAAUAACAACAAUGCCAAGAAUGAAAAGAACAUUUUAAAUGAGAAGGAAGCAACUGUGCAAUAUUCAUCGAAUUCGAAAGGAGUUCUUGCGCAGUGUUUAGUAACAGGUGCAGUAUUAUUGGUGGCGACGGGAGGCGGCAUACCUAUUGGUUACAGCGCCGUUUUGUUGCCGCAAUUAUCCGAAGAAAAUAAUAGUACCUUGUAUGUGACUCGCGAAACUGGCUCCUGGAUAGCCUCAGUUCACAGUUUGGCCACUCCUAUCGGCGCGUUGUUAUCAGGACCGCUUCUCGAUGCGAUCGGGCGACGAGGUUGCCUUCAAUUAUCGGUGAUUCCCCUGUGCAUAGGCUGGUUGAUCAUCGGUUUGUCGAGGAGCGUGACUUCUAUUUUAGUAGGAAGAGUCAUCUGCGGUUUGUCUGUAGGAUUCAUGGCGGUGCCUGCGCAGGUAUUGGUAGGAGAAACGGCUUAUCCAGGACUCCGCGGCUUCCUGGUGGUUGGCUCGUUCGCCUCGUACUGCGCCGGAAUUCUGCUAGUUUAUGCUCUCGGCGCUUCUUUUAAUUGGGACAUCGUGGCCUUCUACGCUAUUAUACUUCCUGCUAUGGCUUUUAUCGCUCUUUGUUUGAUACCCGAGAGUCCCGCCUGGCUGAUUAGACGAAAGAAAAUAGACGAGGCCAAGAAAGCUCUUUUGUGGCUCAGAGGUGGCGAUGUUCAGCAGAUGAUUACGGAGAUAGAGCUCCUGGAUGCAAGCAUAAAAGCCGAUCUCGCUAGAAAGCCUGUAAAUAGCUCGUUUACGCAGAAGAUCUCCUCGGCGAUAUCCACAAUUCGCGAUCCGGGCGUGUGGAAACCACUGAUCAUCAUUAAUGUAUUCAACGCGCUUCAAUUAAGCAGCGGAACAUACAUUAUCGUCUUUUACGCCGUUGACAUGGUGAAAGACAUGGGUGACGGUAACGUGGAUAAUUAUUUGGCGGCUGUGGUGACGGCAGUUAUCAGGUUUAUUUUCUCCCUCGUCUCUUGUGUGUUGUUACUUAAAAUGGGCAGACGUACCUUAGGCAUCGUUUCGGCAGUUGGUACGUCUUUGGCCUCGUUGAUUCUCGCAGGAUAUUUGAUCGCCAGGAAGGGGGGAUCUUCCGUGGAUGUCUACGUGCUGGCAGUAUGCUUGUUGGUUUACGUCGGCGCAAACACCGUGGGUCUAUUGACGCUUCCUGGGCUGAUGACCGGCGAACUGAUGCCUCUGAGAGCUCGUGGCAUCGGUGGCGGAUGCAUCUUUUUCACAUUUAAUCUGCUUCUGUUCUUCAUGACCAAAUGCUUCCCAUGGAUAAGUGGCCUAGUUGGCACAGCGGGAAUCUUCACUAUCUUCGGCAUCUUCUCUCUUUUGGAAGGGAUUUUCAUUUACCUUGCUUUACCAGAAACGAAGGAUCGUACGCUUCAGGAGAUUGAAGAAUACUUC